AUGACCUUGUUUGGACCACAGACAGACUCUCUCUUACAAAAUAAUGUGGCUUUCAAUAAUGAAAUUUUACGUGCAGAUCAACCAUUUGUCACGAUUGCUUCGUGGGUCAUGUGGGGACUUUUCACACUCUAUACACUUGUCACGAUCGUGACAUACUUUUUUAGGAGAAACAAACAACCGAUCAAGGCACGAUCAUCGUUUUUUGUUUUUAUAUUAAUAUUGGCUCACUAUUUUUCAUUUUCGAUAUUGUCACUUCGAUUGGCUGUUGGAAGAGAUGCUUUUCCUUGUGCACUGUAUUUGAGUUUUCAAUUUUAUGGAUUUCCAUUGAUUGCAAUUCCUUAUUUGGUGUUGUGUAUUCGAUUGUAUUAUAUUUCAGAAAUGAACCGAUUACAAGGUGAUUCAUUCAAAGAUCAUUUAGUUUCCAUGGGUGUAGAUUUGCUGCUAGACAAGCCAAAUGCCACGUCAGACCAUAACACCACUGGUUCAGUAACUACUCCUCGAAAUUUACAAACUGGACUUGUCUCUUCUUUGAAUGAAUUAGAUAAGAAGAAUUCUGAUCUCUCUUCCUCCUCUUCAUCACGUAUUUCAUUACGAAAAAAGAGUAGUUUGAAAUCAAAAGUGAAAGAAGCAUUACAUUUAACCAACACGACUGACUCGACCAUCACGGAUCAAGAAAAGAGAAAGAAAUGGUCUGAGAAGCGUAAAAAACGUUUAAGACAAUUGAGAAAGUUGGCACGUGACGACUUUAUUGCCAAAAUUUUCCUAUUCACAUUUUUAUUGAAUAGUAUUAUUUUCUUGGCUUAUUGUGGAGUGUUUUUGAACCGAUUGACAGGUGCUGAAACUUGGAAUGUUGGAUGUGCAGCUACAGUUGCUGUCUAUGUGGGAUCUUUUGCACUCAUUCUAUUUUAUGGAAUUUUCAUUCUCAUCUUCUUCUAUCGAGUCAUGAGAUAUGCCAAAGAAUCAUUUGGUAUUAAGGCAGAAUUAAUCACCAUUGUAGUGGUUUGGGCUUUCUUCCUUUUAUGUUUUGUCUUGUUGAGUGUCAUUCCACAAUAUCAAGAAGGUCCUGAAUACUCUUUUGCUGCAGCUUGGCUCAUUAACAUUCCAUUGUUGAUUACAAACUUUAUUAGUGUUUGGAUUCCACUCAUUAGAAGUUUCUUUUGGAAGAAUUCGGAUGGAAAAAAUCAUUCGAAAUCUUCAGGAACGAUUACAGCAUCUAAAACUGGAGACAAUUCAAUGGUAAAUCCUUCUAAAUUGAAGCAUGAAAAUAGUAUGAUUAUGGAGCUGUCAAGUGGAUCUUCAGCAUUGGAUCACAAUAGAAUUUUGAGUAUUCUAUAUCGUGAAGCUGGAAUUGUGAACGGAAAGGACAGUGACUCUCAGAAUAUUAUUGACUUGCGUAUUAUUUUGUUUGUCAUGUUUCAUGAUGAAGUUUGUCAAAAAUACUUUAAGGAAUGGUGUGAAUUAGAAUUUUCUGCUGAAAACUUUCUAUUUCUUUAUUUUGCUGAGAAAGUCUACCAUCCAGUACCCUCUCACACCUUGGAAGACAUUCAAAAGAAGAUUGCUGUUUUGGGUAAACUGAGUGACAAUUUCAUUGUGAAUGGAGCACCCUUUGAACUCAAUCUAUCGUCCAACGUGAAAAAAGAAUUUGAAAAGAAUUAUCGAUUGUUGAGCAAAACUCUUUCAUAUACACUAUCCACCAGAGUGUUGAGAGAAACAAGCGAAUCUGCACCAGCAGCAAGUAAUGCAUUGCGAGAAAAUGGAGUAAUUGUUUCAGGAGUUGGAGCAACUACCGUUACACUCAACACGGCCAAACCACGUGAUUCAGUCUUUAUUCAAGAAUGGAACGAAAAGCAUACUGAGCAAUUGAAAACAAUUUUGGAUGAAGUGGAAAUAACUUGCAAUUACAAUUUACAAGAUACUUGGUCACGCUUUAUUUUGAGCACGAAUUUUGUAGAGAUGGUGAAAGAAUUGAAAAAGUUUGAAGAUGAUAUGAAAAACAUUAACUUGGUCUAG